UGCAUUUCGAAAUUUCCUUCUUUUAGCUGAAGCCGCGUCCGAGUGCAUUGCGAAAUCGGACCGGUAACUGGGGGAGGGACUAAACGGCUGCGAAGGUCACGUGGUAUAUGAGAGAGAGCGGAACUAAUAUUUUGGUGCUUGUGACGUCAGGAGAUUGACAGCUAGCUAGAAGACAACUUUUACGUCACGACCUUUUUCUUGAUCGCUGGAGUGUAACAUGGCGUCCAGCAAGGUGAAAACGUCCCAACAGGGACCUCGACAAGAUAGUUACCGUUAUGCAGUCACACCGGGAGAUGAGGGGGGUAAAAAGAAAGGCAAAAAGGGGAAGAAGGCCGACAUGGAUGAGCUCAAACAGGAGCUCACCAUGGACGAGCAUAAAAUCCCUAUUACAGAACUUUACAGUAGAUUGAACACAGACCCCAACAUGGGCUUGACACCAGAACACGCCAGAAUGGUACUAGAAAGGGACGGACCAAAUGAAUUGACUCCACCAAAGACAACUCCAGAAUGGCUGAAGUUCUGUAAGCAGCUAUUUGGAGGUUUCUCUCUACUUCUUUGGAUUGGAGCCAUCUUGUGUUACAUUGCCUACUCUAUUCAGGCAUCACAGAUGGAGGAUGUUCCAGGAGAUAACUUGUAUCUAGGUAUUGUGUUGACUGGUGUGGUGGUUGUGACUGGUUGUUUCUCAUAUUAUCAAGAAGCCAAAAGUUCUAGGAUUAUGGACUCCUUCAAAGACAUGGUACCUCAGUAUGGAAUCGUUAUAAGAAAUGGUGUAAAGAAAGACAUAAAAGCAGCUGAAAUGGUUGUAGGUGAUAUUGUGGAUGUAAAGUUUGGAGACAGAGUACCAGCUGAUGUCAGAGUUAUCUCUAGCCACAGCUUCAAGGUUGACAACUCGUCACUUACCGGAGAAUCUGAACCAUGCUCCAGAACAGCAGAAUUCACACAUGAAAACCCACUGGAAACUAAGAACUUGGCUUUCUUCUCAACAAAUGCUGUAGAAGGUACCUGCCGUGGUAUUGUUAUCAAGACGGGAGAUAGAACUGUGAUGGGAAGAAUUGCCAACCUCGCAUCUGGUUUGGAAGUCGGUGAUACCCCAAUUGCAAAGGAAAUUGCCCAUUUCAUCCAUAUCAUUACUGGUGUAGCUGUGUUCCUUGGAGUGACUUUCUUCAUCAUUGCUUUCAUCCUGGGUUACUUCUGGCUUGAUGCUGUCAUCUUCUUGAUUGGUAUCAUCGUAGCUAACGUACCUGAAGGUCUUCUUGCCACUGUCACUGUGUGUUUGACCCUAACUGCCAAGCGUAUGGCCAAGAAGAACUGUCUUGUAAAGAACUUGGAAGCUGUAGAAACCCUUGGUUCAACCUCUACCAUCUGCUCUGACAAGACUGGUACCCUCACCCAGAACAGAAUGACAGUUGCCCACAUGUGGUUUGAUGGCAGAAUUGUCGAAGCCGAUACCAGUGAUGACCAGUCCAACUCUACAUACAGCAGAUCUGACCCCUCAUGGUUAGCCCUGUCCAGAUGUGGUAUGUUGUGUAACAGAGCUGAGUUCAAGAGUGGACAAGAAGAAGUACCAGUACUUAAGAGAGAAUGCAAUGGUGAUGCCUCAGAAUCAGCUUUAUUGAAAUGUGUUGAGCUGUCUAUUGGAAAUGUUACACAGUUCAGAGCCAGAAACAAGAAGAUCUGUGAGAUCCCAUUCAACUCCUCAAACAAAUAUCAGGUAUCUGUCCAUGAGACUGAAGAUCCAAAUGACCCACGCUGCAUCUUGGUAAUGAAGGGAGCCCCAGAACGUAUCCUUGACAGAUGCUCAAGUUACCUGAAGGACGGAAACGAGUACCCCAUUGACGACCAGUUCAGAGCCGCAUUCAAUGUUGCAUACAUGGAACUCGGAGGUCUUGGAGAGAGAGUAUUGGGAUUCUGUGACUACGUAUUGCCCAUUGACCAGUAUCCACCAGGCUACCAGUACGACAGUGAUGACCCGAAUUUCCCCCUGACAGGUCUCAGAUUUAUUGGUCUUAUGUCCAUGAUUGAUCCCCCACGUGCUGCUGUACCUGAUGCUGUAGGAAAAUGCAGAAGUGCUGGUAUUAAGGUUAUUAUGGUUACUGGUGAUCAUCCAAUUACUGCCAAGGCCAUCGCUAAGGGUGUCGGUAUCAUCUCUGAAGGAAGCAAGACAGUUGAGGAUAUCGCUGCUGAAAGAGGAAUCCCGCCAGAGGAAGUUGACCCAUCUGAAGCUAAGGCUUGCGUAGUCCACGGAAGUGACCUGAGAGACAUGACCCCAUUCCAGAUUGACGAGAUUCUGAACAACCACGCCGAAAUUGUGUUUGCCCGUACCUCACCCCAGCAGAAACUCAUCAUCGUAGAGGGUUGCCAGAGACAAGGAGCUAUUGUGGCUGUAACUGGUGAUGGUGUCAAUGACUCUCCUGCUCUGAAGAAAGCUGAUAUUGGUGUUGCUAUGGGUAUUGCUGGUAGUGAUGUGAGUAAACAGGCGGCUGACAUGAUCUUGCUUGAUGACAACUUUGCCUCUAUUGUAACUGGUGUUGAGGAAGGCCGUCUCAUCUUUGACAACUUGAAGAAGUCCAUUGCCUACACCCUGACAUCCAACAUUCCAGAAAUUUCACCAUUCUUGUUGUUCAUUCUUCUUGACAUUCCACUCCCACUUGGAACAAUCACUAUCUUGUGUAUCGAUUUGGGAACUGACAUGGUACCGGCUAUCUCCCUGGCUUACGAAUCGGCAGAAAACGACAUCAUGAAACGUUUACCACGUGACCCACUCCACGACAAACUUGUGAACGAAAGAUUGAUCAGUAUGGCAUACGGACAGAUCGGUAUGAUCCAGGCAUCAGCUGGUUUCUUUGUGUAUUUUGUUAUUAUGGGAGAAAAUGGCUUCUGGGCAUCCAGAUUGCUUGGUCUCCGUGAACAGUGGGAUUCCCGAGGUGUCAAUGAUGUUCAGGAUUCAUAUGGACAAGAAUGGACUUAUGCCCAGAGAAAGCGUUUGGAGUACACUUGUCACACAUCUUUCUUUGUGUCUAUUGUGAUUGUACAGUGGGCUGAUUUGAUCAUUUGUAAGACAAGGAAGUUGUCCCUCUUCCAGCAAGGAAUGAAGAACCAUCAUCUGACAUUUGGUCUGUUCUUUGAGACGGCUCUGGCAGCUUUCCUCACAUACUGUCCAGGUCUUGAGAAUGGUCUUAGAAUGCAGAACCUCAGAGCAACUUGGUGGUUCCCAGCAUUGCCAUUUAGUUUGGCCAUCUUUAUCUAUGAUGAAUGUAGAAAAUUGAUACUCAGAAAUAGGCCAGGAGGCUGGGUGGAAAAAGAAACCUAUUAUUGAUGCUUGUCUGUGUAUAGUUUUAUCACAAUGAAAAUAAUGAACAAGACAAAGCAGCAACAAAAAGAACUGGAUUCAAGGAAUAACCUUCGUGUUGUGUUCAUAAGAUAUUCCAGGAUUUUGUUGUGAAAUAGACACAAAAUUGUCCAACACAUUAUUAUUUGUUGUAUAUAAAAGAGCUUUUUGUAGAUUUUUAACUUCAACACAGACAAUAAGGAUUUAUGGGGCAUGCAGCUUGUGAACAGUACUGGAGUAUAACAUUGAUAUAAGAAAUGCAAAUUUAUAUUAUGAUUUUAUAAGGAAAUUUUAUAAGAUUGUUUUUUGUUAACAGAUGUCUUAAUACGUGUAAAUGGAGAAGAGUGCAAUUUUUAUGUAGUUUGUCGAGAUUUUUGCAAAUGAACGUUCUUUUUCAAAAGAAAUGUUUCUUUAGGAUUGAUGUAUUGACAGAAUUUUAGAGUAACUUUGUUUAUAUCUGUGAGUCCAUGUGUCUAUAUUAAUCACCAACCCUGUUGGUCAUGUUGCAGUAACAUCAGCAACCAUUUGUGAGUCCAAUAGAUUUGCAGUAACACCAGCAAAUCGUUAGAUGUGCUUAUUCCAUCCUCUGUACAUCUGUCAUUGUGUACAUUUAACAUCGUAGUACACUAGCAAAGUUCACUGUAGUAUUUGUCAGUACACAAUCUCUGCAAGAGACAUUUGGUAGGAAGCUGUCGACAGCUGAGUAAACAUAUCGAAUCUCAUACCCUGUAUUUGCUGGCUGAAUGCUAACUCCAGCAUUACACUGCUUGUGGAGAUGUUUUGGGUCGGGAAUGUACAAGGGGAGCCGUCCUGUUUGAGAUUGUUGUAAGGGGAGAGAAUCUGGAUGUUAAUUUUUUGUAAAAUUUUUAAUUGUCUAAAGAGUAAUUGCCCCUCCGGAGUUGAAAGCCAAGAACCAUGGAGAAGUGUUCUAUACUGUGAUAACUGACAGUUUACGACGCAGGAUUUCUGACAAUAAUGAGAAACCAAUCCAGUCAGCUUGUUCCAUUUAAUAGCAAUAGGAAUGAUUCCAAAAAACUUGACUGGUCACCUUUUCUGGUUUUUCUUGCACUCGGAAAUCCUGUGAAAGCCUAUCAUGUCAUGUGACUUGGCUCAGAAUGGGAACAUUACACAAAGCUUGUUUUAAUGAAUUUGUUAUUUCAACCAUUGUGAAACUUGUUAUUAUAUUUCCAUAUUUUUCUCAUCGCUCAAAUUUUUCUAGCUCUCUUACGUUUAUCUCUUAAUUUGUACAGUUUAAAUGUUACCCUUAGAGUAGAUCUGUUGAAAGUCUUAGAUUUAGGGAUGUGUUUACUACCAUUUUAGGUUAGCUAAGAAAUGGAUAUUUUUCUGGGCACUACCUUGUAGUAAUCUUGUUCAUGCAGAAAACAAAAAAAUUUUUACACACAGAUUUGGUUUCAAAAUAAAAUGAACCUUAGUUAAACUAUAAAAAUGGUAGGUAAGCCCUGGAAACAAUUCAUCUAGACAUAGCCUCUGUAUGUAAUGUGUUAAAUAUUCGAUAUCUCAAGUAAACAUUUAUAAUCAAGUAAAUUAUCUCUCAGUCCUUGAACUAAAUGGUGCAUUUUUUUCUGAUUUUAUUGUUUUAUCAUUUUUACUAUGAUUUAUACAAGUUUGUAUUUUAAUAUUUUUGUUGGAAUGGUCAUAAUAGCCCUGCUUGCACUUUAGAUAGAUUUAGAAUAUAUAAUCUGGAAACAGAUGAUGUCUUAAAAAAAGAUUUUUUUAAUUGUUAAAGUUUAUACACAAGAGCAAUACAGCACCCCUGCUUCUAUUAGAAAAAAUGUUAUGGACAUUUUAUUGCAGAACACAUUGUUUGGUCAUUCUUGUCUUUCCCAGAACAUUCCAACACAGGAAAAUAGAACCAAGGCACAGAUUGAGUGUAAAACUUCACACUUGUGAAACUUUCAGUUGAAAACCAACAUCAUUGAAAACGUUUGUCACCUAUUUCUUGGCUGCUAUAGUAUACCACAACAGCAAUUUUUCACAAACACGUACUACAAUCUGGCCAUGUUUCUAUUUGACUACCUCACUUAAGUAGAUUAAUCUUCAGCUUGAUGAAUUCUUGUACAUUUUUUACAUGACCCUAGUCAAAUGUUUAGAUACCACCCUCUAGGUAAACUACAAAAACAGAUGAACAGUACUAACUUUAACAAGUCAGUUGUAAUAAAGUGUUCAUAUUUUCCAGGGAUUGCUGUCCAUUUAUAGAUCAACUAGUCUCUGUUUUUCCUUGGGUUUCUGUCUAUUUUAGAUCGUGGUCGUUAGUCAGUCUUGUGGUAAUGUUUUUGAUGUACCAGAAUCUGUUGGGCUGUAUUUUUGUCACACUUUGUAAUUGUGUAGCUAUAGUAGUCAGUAAAGUAUUUAACAAAAAUAUGGUAACACAUUUCCGAACAAUACAUGUAUAAAACAUCAUAAAUAUUUGUCGAAAACAGUGGUAACAUGUAUAUUAUUUUGUAUUGGUUAAUACACAUGUAUGAUUUAAAAUAAAUUUUUAGAAGUCA